ACAGUUUGGAUCUGAGACUGUGAACGAACUUGUUCUGGUUUUAAGAAUAAAUAAAACAAAGGCCGUGACAGUUCAACAUAGAAACCUGUUGGGGGAGCUGCUCAGAGGUCGAGGUCGAGGACGAGCACGAGACAGUGACAGGUGUCACUAAGAUGAGCUACAACCACAGCAGAGUUUGCCUUCACCACUAACCACUGUUAUACAGCAGCUACUGGGACUGGUGGUGCUCAAUCUAUGGCACGCAUGCCAUCUGUGGUACUUGGUCUUACUUUGUCGGAUCAGAGGGAAAUUUGACUUUUUGUUUUUUAAACUGCUUUGGAAAAGAGGAAAAUGGGAAAAAAAAAAAAACGUCUGGAACCAUGUUCAUAUUAUGAACCAAAGGCCGUGGAGUAAAUUCAGUAUUUUAGUUUUCAGGGACCAUUUGGUCAGAACGUAUUUUAAUUCAGGUUUUAAAAACAGUGAUGUGAUAGCUAAUUUGAACAGACAUGAAAAAGGUUCCUUAAGACGAGACUGGUUUGAUCCAACAGGCACCUGUUUCAGUCUUUAAAGAAACUUCAAAAACCUUCCUAGGUUAUCUGUUUGGUUCAACUGGAUAAGGCUGAGCUAACUGUUAGCAUUCUCUGAACCAAAGUCCUUUAAGAUAAAAUUGACAUUUUUAUCUAACAGAAGCCCAGUAGCUGAUGUUGGGGUCCUUUAGGUAAAGAUAAACAGGAUUUACACAACAAAAAACUACCAGUGAACACUGGGUUGGAGAGGGUAUUGGACCAACAACUCCUACUUUUAUGACAUGAAAGUUCAGGGGUUGUGUGGGGUUUACAAAGCUGCACAAAGUUAACUGUGUGCGCAGUUCAAAUACACAGACUGAGAACUGACAGUAAACAUCCAAACAUCAAGUCCAUGAAGAAAAACCCUAAGGAUUAACACGCCAGAUCGGACUCCCAAACUGUUUUCCACUUAAAGACAAGCGCUAGCUGCACCAAAGACGCAGCUUUGAUUCAAACUACAGUGUUUACAUAUAAGACAAAUGAUAGAAAAUGUAAAACUAUUUUAAACUUCAAACAUUAGAAUAAAGAAAUUACGAAGAAACAAUGUGUAACUUGAACAGAAAAACCAGACUGUCAUCUGCAUACAUAAAAAUAUGUUGGGGCAGAAGGUCAUAUGAUAAUAACUAUAUGUGUGUGUGUGUGUGUGUGUGUGUGUGCUGGGGCUGGACUCUGGACUGAUCUGUUAUCUGUCAUUAACAGCACAGCCACUGUGCUCCACUCCAAGAACUUUCUCCAUGUCUUGUACCUGGUAGCUUACCUCUGUUAUUUCAUCUAAACUCUGUGUGUGUGUGUGUGUGUGUGUGUGUGUAGAUGCAGCCAUGAUCAGUCGCAACUUCAAGAAUGUGUUGGUGGUCUCAGUGGCGUUUCUCUCCCUGUUCACAGCCUACGGAGGUCUGCAGAGUUUACAGAGCAGUCUGAAUUCAGAGGAAGGGAUGGGUGUGGCCUCCCUCAGUGUCAUCUAUGCCUCCAUCAUCAUCUCCUCCAUGUUUCUACCCCACAUCAUGAUCAAAAACCUGGGCUGUAAGUGGACCAUCGUGGUCAGCAUGGUCUGCUACGUCUCCUACUCCUUUGGAAACCUUUACCCCGGAUGGUACACCCUCAUCCCCACCUCAGUGAUCCUAGGACUCGGUGGCUCCACCCUGUGGUCAGCCAAGUGCACCUACCUGACCAUCACUGGCAACCAGCAGGCGGCUCUGGAGGGGAAGAAGGGUGCUGAUGUCAUCAACCAGUAUUUUGGCAUCUUCUUCUUCAUCUUCCAGUCGUCGGGGGUUUGGGGAAACCUCAUGUCGUCGCUCAUCUUUGGGCAGGACACGGCGAUUGCCAACAUCCCGGAGGAGCAGCUUCAGUUGUGUGGAGCAGCUGAUUGUGGUAUGAACAUCAGUACCAACAGUACCAGCACCAGACCUGCUCAGAAACUGGUGUGGACACUUGUGGGCUGCUACAUUGGCGUCGGCGUUCUGGCCACUAUUAUCAUCGCCGCGUUCCUGGACAACAUCGAUCGAGAGCAGGCCAGUCAGUUCCGUGAGAACCGGGAACCGUUCUGUCAGACCUUCCUGGCCACGUUUGCACUCCUGAGGGACUGGAGGAUGCUGACGCUGAUUCCGCUCACCAUGUACAGCGGCUUUGAGCAGAGCUUCCUGUCCGGGGAGUACACCAAGAACUUCGUGACCUGUGCCCUGGGGAUCCACUAUGUUGGAUUUGCCAUGAUGUGUUUCGCAGCCGUAAACUCUGUGUGCUCCUACAUCUUUGGCCGACUGGCUCAGUACACGGGCAGAGCUGCUCUCUUCCUCCUGGCUGCCGUCACCAACUUCUCCUGCAUCAUUGGUCUGUUGCAAUGGAGGCCUGAUCCCAACCAGUUGGCCGUCUUCUUUGUGUUUCCUGCUCUGUGGGGGAUGUCAGACGCUAUCUGGCAAACUCAGACCAACGCUCUUUACGGAAUUAUCUUUUCACAAAACAAAGAGGCAGCAUUCGCCAACUACCGCAUGUGGGAGUCUCUGGGAUUUGUCAUCUCCUUCGCCUACAGCACCUUCUUGUGUCUGGAGUAUAAAAUGUACAUUCUGUUGACCGUCCUGCUCCUGACAGUGGUCACCUACCCUGUGGUUGAGUACCACGAAUACAAGAAUCCCACAGCGGCACUCGUCGAUCAGGACAAGUCCUGUGGCCACCAGGAGAAAAAUGACGACAUUGUUCAGACUAAAAUGUAGACGCUGAACUACGUCACAGUACUGUACAAUCACGUGCCAGAAACUUCAAACUCCAAAUCUUUUUCCAGAUUUUUCUGACAGUGUUUCCUUGACAAGUUGUAACCACCACAGAAUAAACAUUUAUUACUUACAAUCA